AUGACAAUUCUCCUGACCUUGUUCAUAAUUUAUGUUUGCUUAAUUGGUCAUUUAACAAAAGUAUAUAUAAAAGAAAAUAUAUCAAACCGGAAAAAAAUUCCACUUAACUUUAUUAGGAGAAAGCAUAAUAACACCAAGAAAAACAGAAAAUUUUCAUUUAAUAUAAAUAAAAAUAUUAAUCAUUUUAAAAGAAGUGUUAAGAGGGAACCUUUUUUUAUUCAUAAAAAUGUAAGAAGGUAUGUGUUCAAAAGAGGCUGUUUUAUUUUUAACAAUUGGAAUAGUAGUAAAGUAAUAAAAGAUAUUUAUAAAUUUAUUGAUUCAUGUACAUUCUUUUUGAGAAAAUUUAAAUCGCAUCCAUCCAUAAUAAAUGUAGAAAAUAAAAAAUAUGAGAAAUUAAAAGAAAGGAAGAAAGAAAAAAAUGAGUUAUGUCCUAACAUAUUCAUAACAUACCCAUCAAAUAAUGCCCAUAGAAAUAUAUCUAAUAAAUUAGAACAUUUUAUAUGUAAGCAGAAGGAUAUUCCUAAGGAAGAAAAUAUAUUAACAUACGAUUUUUUUAAAAGAGAUGAAGAACUUUUAAAUGAUCAAAAUAGAAAUGAUUUUAUAAAAAAGUAUUAUAAUCCAAGUUAUCAUUUUGAUGAACAUCCAUUUGAACACAUAUAUAAUAUAAAGGACAUGGAACAUAUUUAUAACAAAUCUAUAAUAAAUUAUAUAUAUGAUUUAAAAAGAAAAGAAGAAAUAGAAUACAUACGAAAUUUUAAUAAAUCAAAUUAUUUAAAUUCCUAUCUUCUAAUUUAUCCUCCUCCUAAUUUGUCAGGAAAUUUACAUGCAGGUCAUUUUUUUAAUUUUAUCCAUCAACAUAUAUUUUUCCUCUAUAAUAAAUAUAUAAUAGGAAAAUAUGCCAUUCCUUUUUUAGGAUUUGACCAUGGAGGUCUGAGCGCACACGAAAUGUUUUCCAAACACAUGAGAGAGGAAGAAAUGGAUAGAGAAAAAUAUAUAAGUGAAAUAAAAAAGUGGCAAGAAAAUUUAAAAGAAAAUAUGCUAAAAGAUUUACAAAAUAUGAAUAUCACAUUUAAUGAUAAAAUGUUAUUUAACACUAUGGAUAAAAGUAUGGUUGAUUUAAUAAAUAAAGCUUUUUAUAUUCUUUAUAAAAAUAAUAUGAUUAUAAAUAGACUUUAUCCUGUAUAUUAUUGUAAAGAAUUAAAUACAGUCAUCCCUAAAAUGGAUAUACAAUUUAAAAAUGCAGAGAAUAAAGAUAUUUAUAAUUUGAAAUGUUAUUUAGUAAAAAAUAAAAAUAAAAUAGACAAUAUAUAUGAUGAUAAAAAAUAUGUUCCUACAAAAAACGAAAAUGAUAAUCAUAUGAAUAAUCAUGAUAUUACAUAUUGUUGUAACAAACACAAAAAAAAAAAUGUAACAAACAAAACUGAUACAUGUAAAAAAAUAAAUACAUCUGAAGAAAAUAAUAUGUACUCGAAUUGUAAAUGUACUGAUUUUACAUUUACAAAUAAUGAUGAUAAAUAUGACGACAAAAAAAAAGAAAUUAAAAAUAUGAUUGAAGAAUAUGAUUGUGAUGAAAUAAAAUUUUUUGAAAAAAAAAAAUUCCCAUAUUACUAUUUGAACGAAGAAGAAUUAAAAAAAAAGACCUUAAUUAAUGAAUCGAAAUAUAUACAUAUAAAUAUGGAUAAUAUAGAAGACAUAAAUAAUCUUGUAGCUAUCUUAUAUUAUUCAUCAAAUAAAAAAAAGUAUGAAAAUAUGUAUGCUUUGUUACCAUAUUCGAAUAUAAUAAUACCUUUAAUUUUUCAUAAAAAAAAAAAUUUUCCAACAUUGAUAAGUGGGAAUAAAAAGGGUGAAAAUAGAAAAGAUAGUAAAAAAGAGGAUGAUAGCAAAGAACAAGAUAAUAAUGAUGAUGAUAUAUUCCUUCCUAUCUAUUCCUUAGAAAAAAAACAUGACUAUUCCUUUAAUAUAAAUAAAGAAAAAGAGACACGUCAAUUAUUUUUUAACGUUGCUCAUGAAAAAAAAGAGCAUGUGACAUAUAAUAUAAAUAAUGAUGAAAAGGAAAAAGAAAACCAUCUGAUAAAUAUAAUAAAUUGUCGAAAAAAGGAUAAAGACUUAAUAUUUGCAUAUUAUAAAAAUUAUAAAUGCAACUUAAUUUUAUCAGAACAUUUAUGUAUUAAAUAUGAGGAAUUAUGUAAUAUAUAUUAUAACAGUAUUGUUAAUAAAAAUUUUAAUAUAUUACCUUCUAAUAGGAAAAAUUAUUUUUUAGAAAAUUAUGAAACCCAUCCAAAGGAUUGGAUAUUAAAUCGUCAAAUAUGGUAUGGGCAUUCGAUACCUUUAUUUAAAUAUGAAAAUUUUAUAACAAAAAAGGAAGGAUAUGAAGAUACAGAAGAAAAAAAAACAAAAAAUAAUAAUAACAACAUUGUUGUAGAUGAUCAUUUUAACUGCUUUGUUUAUGGAAGAAAUGUUGAUGAAGCAUAUGAAAAUUUAAUAAAAUCAAAUUUAUUUAAAAAAGAAAGUAUUAAAAAAGAAUAUUUAAAAAAUGAUGAUAUUUUAGAUAGUUGGUUUUCUUCAUGUUUAUAUUUCUUACAUUGUUUAAAUUCAAAUAAUAUUGAUAUAUAUGAUUUAUUAAAAAAAAAAAAAAGUUUGGUAGAUUUUACCUGCACAGGUCAGGAUAUUUUAUAUCCUUGGAUAUUAAGGAGUUUUAUUUUAUUAAAUUACUUUAUAAAAAAUGAUUAUUUGAGUGAAUUAUUUGGAACGAAGAAUAAUUAUGAGAAUGUGAAUAUUUUGAAAGGAUUAAAGAAAGAAAAGGAUGAAGAAUAUUUGUCAAGUAGUAUAUUAUCUAAGAAUAUAAAAUUCCAUGGUAUAUUAAAAGAUGACGUUGGAAAGAAAAUAAGUAAGAGUGAUGAAAAUAGUACUUAUUAUAAGAAAUAUUUAGAAGAUAUAAAUAUGGAUACAUUGCGUUUAUCGUUUGCAUUUCUACAAAAGAAUGUAGAGGAUAUAGUAUGGUCAAAGAAUAAUAUUUAUAAAAGUGAGAAGUUUAUAAAAAAAUUUUGGAACGUGGGUCAAUUUAUAAAACAGAAUUGUGAUUAUGAGUCCUACAUAAGGAUGAGUAAUGUAAUUAUUUCUGACAAUAAUAAUAUAAAUGUUAAUAAUAAAGAUAUUAACAAUAUUGAUAUUAACAAUAUUGAUAUUAACAAUAUUGAUAUUAAUAAUAUUGAUAUUAAUAAUAUUGAUGAUGAUAAUAAGAUUCUUCAGUUUUUAAAAACAAAGACACAAAAUAUUUCUAAUGUUGGUAUUUUUGAAGCAUAUUAUUACACAAUACAUUUAAUAUUACGAUAUAUGAAAUCAUAUAACCUGAACAAAAGUAUUAAUCUAAUUAAUGAUUUUAUUAUGAAUUAUUUUUCCAAGUUUUUUUUGAAUUAUUAUUCUUCUGGUAAAAGUCAUAUUUCUAAUUUUUUAAUUUAUUAUAUUUUUAAAGGAUUGAUAAAAUUUUUGUAUCCAUUCAUUCCACAUAUAUGUGAAAUAUUAUAUAUACAGAUUUUUUUUAAAGAAAAGGAAAAAAAACAAAUAAUAAACACCUCUUCUCCUCCUAUGCUUUUAUAUGACAAUUAUAAAUUUUUUACUAGCCAAAAAUUUUCAUUAGAACCAAAAAUUCAAAAUGUUGUAUCAGAUCAUUUUUUGACCUUUAUCGAAAUAUAUAAUUUUUUAAGAAAAUAUAAAAAAGAGAAUAAAGAACACAUUUCUAAUAACAAUACAUUGAAUAUUUAUAUUAAACAAAAAAAAGAAGCUGACAUUCCUUUAGCAUAUUUUAAAAAUGAAGAGCAUAUGUUGAAAAGAGCUUUCCAUAUGAAUAUUAUUUUUAAUUCAUGUGAAGAUAAUCAAUUAGUAUAUUCUCUUUUAAAUGAAAAGGAAAGCAUGCAAGGAUUAAACACAAGAAAAGUGAUAUAUGAUUGUGAUAGGUUUCUUGUAGAAUCUCAAGUGUAA